GUCCACUCUCCCAGAUAAAAAUGUCGAAAAGGUCCGUUGAUGCCCGACAGACUUCAAAAGCCUUUCAAUGUGGUCCAGGAGGGGGCAAAGAAGGACCUAGUAUCAGUUUGGAUGAGCACCAAAUUGUUAACGGGAUUUUAGAAAAACAACUAAAAAUUUGUGGCUAUAGGAAUGAUAAAGAAGUCACAGAUCUGUACCUUGGAGAAAAUGGAUUAAAAGAUGUUCCUCAUUUAUCACGGUUCCGGAAAUUGAGAAAUUUGUGGCUAAACCAUAAUAAGAUUCAGUAUGUAACAUUCGUGAAAAAUAACUGUUGCUUGACAGAAUUAUAUCUUCAUAAUAAUGAUAUCAGAACUAUAACAGGUGCUCUGAAAAAUUUACACUCACUGCAGAUCUUGCUGCUUCACAACAAUCAGCUAAAAAAUUUGGAUAUGACUAUGAAAGAACUACAAGGACUGCGAACUUUACAUACCUUAAACCUGUUUAACAAUCCUCUAUCACAAGAAUGCAGAUAUCGCCUAUAUGUAAUAUAUCACAUUCCCUCAGUAAUUUUGCUCGACAGAAAAGAAAUAACUAGAAAAGAAAAAGAAUCAGCUCUGCAUAUCUACAAUCAUGAGAAGACUCUUGUCCUUCAGUCCAUAGGAUUUGGAAAGAGAGUAGAUAUACCUUUGUUGCCAAAGGCAGCAUUCAGGCUGGCACCCACAAAAGUGUUGCGCUUGCCUCCAGGUUGCGAGUUUGGAAAUCACUUAGUUAAAAUACCAUUUGCAAAUCCAGAAGAUGCUGUCUUUGUGCGGGCAAUGAAGCGUGGCAUGAUGGAAUUUUCAACUGUUGAUUGGGGGAAAAUGCCCACCUGUGAAGAAAAACGCCUUGGCAGCAAUCCAGAGAAAAGGCCAGAAAAACUGACCAUUAGAUUCAGAUAA